AUGAUAGGACCUCAACCCUUUGCUUCUGUGUUGAAUAAACGACCACUGAAUCAAAUCAUUGGCCCAACCACAACAACACCAAGUAUUUCUCAACAAACAAAAAAGAGAAAGCCAAAUUCUCAACACGGAAUAACAUCAACACCCAACAGCAGUAAUGCCAAUAACAACGUCGGAGCUUGUUCCGGUACUCCUUCUUCAUCAUUAUCAGGAAGCGCUAGCAACAGAAUAACAUUGGAGAAGAUCAUUGGGCUCACAACCGAUGCCAAUACCAAGCUUUCUAUUCAUCCACAAACAAAAUAUGUUGCAUAUUGUGCUGCCAAUGUUGUCGUAUGCUAUAAUCCAAGAAAAAACAAACAAUAUCAAUUCUUACAAAAUACAUCUUCCAAUAAGCCUUUUUCAUGCUUACAAUUUUCUAAAAACGGCAAACUGUUAGCAGCUGGUGAACGAGGUUCAAAACCAGCCAUAGUUGUGUGGGACGUUUUGAGUGGAAAAAAGGUUAUUGAGCUCAAAAAGGAUGGACAUCAGUAUGGAGUUUCCUGUUUGGCUUUUUCUAACGAUGCUAAAUAUUUAGUGAGUGUUGGAGAUGAGCAUGAUGGAACGAUUAAAUUAUGGGAUCUUUCUUCAAAUCCAAACUCGAGCGGAUUAGGUUCAUCACUUUCGAGCAGCUCUUCAACAAGCAAUACCAACAGCAACACCAAUACAAGAGGAUCACUCGUACAAACGAUUAAAAACAUCAGGAAGACUUCUGAUGUUGCCUUUUCUCAUGACGGAGCCUUCUUUGUGACAGUUGGAGACAAAUUUGUAAAGUAUCAUCAUAUUGAACAUCAAGCAACCAACGGGACCAUUGAAAUUAAAUCAUCUAGGUGUAUUCUAGGCAAUUUUAAAGAAGCUAACUUUGUGAGCGUAGACAUUGUUAAGGCAAAAGAUGGAACCGUUGGAAUUUAUACAGUCAAUUCUGAUGGAAUUUUGUGCAUGUUAAACGAGAAUAGACAAAUAACCAAAUGGCUAGACAUGAAAGUCAAAUCCGCUUUUUCCAUUAGCGGUAAUGAGGACAUCAUUUGCUGUGGCUGUUCCAAUGGCAUAGUUCGACUGUUUGAGCCAUCAACCUUAAAAUUUAAGUGUACACUACCCAAGCCUCCCAAACUUGCAAGUAUGUCACCUCUUAAUGAUGUGGAUUGUGUUGCAUGCCGAUUGCUAGACUCGAGACAGGUCGUUACCAUUUACAGCGAUAGAAGCUUUUUCAUUUGGGAUAUUAGCAAUUUGCAACGUAUUGCCAAGUACAGAAGCUUCCUAUGCCACAGCGAUUCUAUUUGGGAUAUCGAUCUAUUUCCAGAAAACAACGAGAACUUACCUCCAGGUUCUUUCAUUACAUGCUCAAGUGAUAAUACAGCUAGAAUUUGGAAUGUUGAGGCGAGUAGCACUCUUCAUGUGAGCGAAAAGAUUGAGAGAGGAGAGUCUUUCAUUUCAAAGAAUGUAUUUUGCAAAGAUCUAUUACAUGUCAUUGAGGAUAAGCCUUCAAAUCCAAAUGGAGAGCAGGGUAUACGAAGUGUUAAAUUUUCUUCUUCAGGAGAUCAUGUUGCUUGCGGAACAAAACAAGGCCUAAUCAAAUUAUUUCAGGUUUCUAGCUUUACUAACGAGUUUGCUGAGGUCGCUCACGAAGCUGAGAUUUUAUCGAUAGAUUUUAGCACGAAUCCCAAAGAUCCCUCUGACUUAUUGUUUGCCACAAGCAGCCGUGAUAGACUCAUUCAUGUUUUUCAAUUUAAAAACGCUCAAUUCAAGUUAGUCACUUCGUUAGAUGAUCAUACUGCUUCUGUGACUUCCGUUAAAUUUACAACGGAUCGAAAUGGUGAUAGAUAUCUUGUGAGUUGCAGUGCUGACAAGUCCAUUGUGUUUAGAAAGAUUGAAAUGGAUCCACAUGGAGAAUACACAUUUAAGAGAUAUCAGAACUGUCAAUGUAAUGGAACAAUUUUUGAUUUGGAUAUCAAUCACAACAACGAUAUUGUAACUGUUGGUCAAGAUAAGAAACUUAAUGUCUGGGAGCUUGACAAAUGUAAAUCAAAACAAAGCUAUAAGGUAGAUACCAAAUCAAUGCAAGAUACAUACUCUCCAUCGUCUGAGCCCAUUCGAGUAUCAUUUGAUAUCUCUGGAGAAUUUGUAGUGGUAAGCUCAGCAGACAAGUUUAUCAGAUUGUACAACUUGAACAAUGGUGAAUGUAUUGCUCGUGUGAGUGGACACUCUGAAAUUAUCACAGGUGUAAAAAUUUCCAAAGAUUCGAGACGCAUUAUCUCAGUAUCAGGCGAUGGAUGUAUUUUUGUUUGGAGAUUGGCUCCAAAUAUUGUCAAACUAUUGAACAAGAAUAGACCGCCAGAGAUCUCAAAACCCAAGUCAUCCUUAAUGGAGAUGACACCAAAAUCCACUGUAGAAUUGUCCGUUCGUGACACUCUUCUUCCCUCAUGGGCCAAGAAAAAGCCAAGCAAUGCAGAGGAUGUUCAGUAUACUCCUACAACCAACAACAAUGUAAUUAUACCAUCGACUAGCAAAUGGUUAGCUUCUUCCACAGAGAAAGAAUUUAAACUGUCAUCAAUGGAAGAAUUAGAUAUGAUGAAUGAUGACAUUGAAGAUAACACGGAGGAAGAGGUUGUUUAUUUCACCUCUCUCGAACAACCAGCAGACUUUUUGGUGAGCGCAGAGAAUAAGGUUUCUACUGCUGGUCUACCCACAGAUGUUGAAGACGAGGAGGAUAAAACCACCACAAUUAAGCUCGAUCCUCCUCCUGUAGAGCCUACGAAAGAAGAUUUCCUUAUCAAAAACUAUGAGAGUCUCGCAAGACCUAUUUCCUUUGAUCCCAAUGAAAUUUGUGAUGGAAGAAUCAGUGUCACCUCCCAAUUCUUACGAAAAGCCAUUGGCAAGAAGAACAAGUCUCCAAAAAAGCAGACACAACCACUUCCUCAACCACAACCACACAAUCAUGUAUCCAAAGAUCUUGCACCACAUCCAACUCCUGUAAUCUCCACACCAAAUUUACAACAAACACCUUCAAAUCCUAUCCCUUCUGUUUCUACAUCAGUACCAAGUAGCAUUACCACUCCGUCAAACACAGCUGUCUCUACUCCGACAGAGUCCAACAAUUCCAAGCUGAACCUAACGGAUCACUCGAUUCCACAAUUAUCAGAAAUACCAUUGUCACUCGUUUUGAAAAUCAACCAAAUUUCUCACUCCUUCACGCAAGCUCUUUCCAUCAUUGAUCAAUUAGAGAAUGCAGAGAACAAGGACACUGAAAUUGUUACCAAAUCCAAACAAGCCUUAGAAAGACUGAUGCAAAAUAUGAGCAGUACCUUUGCUUCAAGAGCAUGGCAAGUGAACAUGACGUCCACUCAAGAUGCGCUACAAAAAUACUCGGACAUGCUGAUCGAGAUGGUUAAAGAAAAGCUUGCCAAACAGUGA